CGUUCUAUCCUUCUUGCCCCCCUCCCCCCACUCCUCUCCACCAAACAUCGAUCUUGUUUGUGAAUUUAUCCCCGUUUCCCGCCUCUCGGAGGCCCGGUCAUGGCUCCGGUUUGUGAGGGCUUCGCGGUAUAAUACUCGAGCUCGCUCGUGUCGUACAUAUAAAUCCAUCCCAAUUAUUGUACACCCUAAGCCGAGUCACCUGUCCAUUCCUCUUCCCCUCCCUCCUCUCGCCCUCUCCUCUCUCCGGCUCCUAUCAAACAACACCAUUGUGACGACUAUACCCCGAGGCCUUCAAAUUCAAUAGAACCUCCGGCCACCAACACGCCCCCAAUUACGCCCUCACCACCCUCACCACUCUCAUCCCAUCUCCUCAUUCCAUCUCAGACAACAGAGUGGCUUCUAUCAAACAAGCAAUUUGCUCCUUCUCCACCUAACGACUUAACGACGCCACACUGCGAAUGUCUCUGUCGCUUUCUGAUUUAUAGAAAAUCACGCCUUUUCCGUCCAGAGUGAGGUAAUCGUCCAGGUUCUGGCGUGCUGUGCUGCUCCCACACCAACUCAGGUCAAGCCACCAUCUCACCAUACCCUCCAAACCUCAGCUCGUGGCGUCCUGCGAAAGCUUGCCUACUUGCUUAUUCUCGUCUCUCCGCAGCGGGAAAUCCCUGGAGCCAUACUUCUGGAUCCCUCCCCCUUCUUGGAUCCCUCCCCCACGGCACCCGUGCUUUCACAGGGGACCCUUUCCUGCAAAGGUAAACUUGCAGCUCAUCUAGCAACCUAGACUAUACCUACUCUGCAUAUACUACACACGCUCUAAUUCGGCAGCAACCCACUUCACAUUGCACAUCACCACACCCUUGUCUGUCAGGCCGCGCCAUAUUCAUAUUCGGUGCUCCUACGCGGGGGUCAGGGUGGUCACUGUUUCACUCUCCACGCGACUCUGCGCGCCCAGCUGAAGCUUGACCCUUUCCACGCAUUCUUUUGUUCAAGGGAUAUAAGGCACGCCAUCUCCCAUCAUCUGCAGUCUUCAGUUUGGUCAGCAUCCCUUCCUUCGCAACUACCUCGCCUUCAUUAGGAAAAGAGUUUCGUCUUUUUCUUGUCAUCUUCUGGCAACGUCGGUGCAACUCGUGCACUAGACACCUCGGAUCUUAAUCGACUCGAUUUCCUUUGCUACCGCCCUCAAGGGUCAUCCUACCCAAGAUGGCCGAGUCAAGGGCAAAGGCUGGUCACUUCGUGGCUAAAGCUCUCGGAAUUAAGCUUGACGAGCCAUAUAUCUACGAGACCACCACCAGGGGCGAGUCUGUCUUCUCAACCAAGACGGCUGAUACUUUCGUCGAGGAAGAGCCGUCGACCUGGGAAUGGAUCCAUGAGACGGUCCCAAGUUGGAAAGAUUUGGGAUCCUACCUCAGAUCACUGUUCCCGUUUACUUACUGGAUUACGCGCUACAACGUGCAAUGGCUUAUCGGUGACUUGGUCGCAGGUAUUACAAUUGGAGCUGUUGUUGUCCCCCAGGGAAUGGCUUAUGCUCUGCUUGCAAAGCUAGAAGUUCAGUUUGGUUUAUACUCUUCCUUCAUGGGCGUCCUGAUAUACUGGUUCUUUGCAACCUCGAAGGAUAUUACUAUUGGUCCUGUUGCCGUCAUGUCAACAAUUGUUGGUAAUGUCGUUAUCAAAGCGAAUGCCAUCGAUCCUACUAUUCCAGGGCAUGUUAUUGCCUCUGCAUUGGCUGUACUCUGUGGGGCUAUCAUUGUGACAAUCGGUCUGCUUCGAAUGGGAUGGAUCGUUGAUUUGAUCUCGCUCACUUCUAUCACCGCAUUCAUGACCGGAUCGGCUAUUAGCAUUGCAGCUGGCCAAGUUCCAACUAUGAUGGGCAUCAACAAACUUCUGGACACACGUGCUCCCACAUAUCUCGUCAUCAUCAAUACCUUGAAAAACCUUAAGCACUCCAACCUGAAUGCGGCCAUGGGAAUUACUGCUCUUGCGAUGCUAUACAUCAUCCGCUUCGCGUGCAGCUAUGCUGCCAAGAAGUAUCCGAGCCAAAAGAAGACGUUCUUCUUCGUGUCGACUCUCCGAACAGUCUUCGUUAUCCUGCUCUACACACUUAUCAGUUAUCUCGUCAACAGGAACCAUCGCGCACAUCCGCUAUUCAGCAUCUUGGGAAAGGUUCCUAGAGGAUUCCAGAAUGCCGCGGUUCCGAAGAUCACUAUCCCUAUCAUCAAGUUGUUCAUCUCCGAAGUGCCUGCCUCCGUCAUUGUUCUCUUGAUUGAGCACAUCGCGAUCUCAAAGUCCUUUGGCCGAAUCAACAACUACGUUAUUGACCCGUCACAAGAAAUGGUCGCCAUCGGCGUUACCAACAUCCUCGGACCCUUCCUCGGCGGAUAUCCUGCCACUGGUUCUUUCUCCCGCACAGCAAUUAAGUCCAAGGCCGGAGUCCGUACCCCAUUUGCUGGUGUAAUCACUGCCGUUGUGGUACUCCUUGCUAUCUACGCCUUACCGGCAGUCUUCUUUUACAUCCCGAGCGCGAGUUUGUCAGGAGUUAUUAUCCAUGCCGUUGGUGAUCUCAUCACCCACCCGAACACGAUCUACCGAUUUUGGCGAGUCUCGCCAUGGGAGGUCCUCAUCUUCUUCGUCGGUGUGUUUGUUACCAUCUUCUCGUCUAUUGAGAACGGUAUCUACUGCACGAUCGUCAUCUCGGCCGCUAUUUUGCUUUUCCGUGUGUUGAAAGCCAAGGGUCGAUUCCUUGGCCAGGUUAAGAUUCACUCCGUCCGUGGAGAUAAUAUCCUUGGCGACAGUACCGAUCAAUACAACCAACAGGAUUCGGAUGCUCCGACAUCCAAUGCCGCCAUCACGGACGCACGCUCCCGCAACAUUUUCCUUCCCAUUGAUCAUGACGACGGGUCGAACCCCGAGAUCGAGAUCAAAACCCCAUACCCUGGAGUCUUCAUCUACAGAUUCUCUGAAGGCUUCAACUAUCCCAACGCCAAUCACUAUCUUGACCACUUGACGAAUCACAUUUUUGCCGUCACUAGGCGCACCAAUCCGAAUUCGUACGGGAAGCUAGGAGACCGUCCUUGGAACGACCCGGGACCUCGCCGUGGACAAGUAGAGGUCGACGACUCCGGAAAACCUACUCUUAAAGCUAUUAUCUUCGACUUCAGCUCUGUGAACAAUGUCGACAUCACCUCGGUGCAGCAGCUUAUUGACGUGCGCAACCAACUGGACAAAUACACAUCACCGGAGGUCGUUGACUGGCAUUUCGCCUGCAUCAACAACCGCUGGACGAAGCGGGCGUUGGUUAGUGCUGGAUUCGGAAACCCAUCCCAGCCAGGUGUCGACUUCAACCACCGAUGGAAGCCAAUCUUCAGUGUGGCUGAAAUUGGCGGGGCAGAUUCCGCCGCCGAGGUUGCCGAGGGUAUUGAAAAGGAUGAGCUUGUGAAGCACCGGACACGGGAUGCUGAGCGCACCUCCUCCAGCCCUGACGACAUUGGAAACAGCCCCUCGACCACCACCACCGAUGGUCUUGUGCCCCAGUUGAAGCAGCCAAAUCGUGUCGCAGUGGUUCACGGGCUCAACCGCCCGCUGUUCCACACUGAUCUCACUGGUGCCUUCCAGAGUGCCGUCGCCAACAUUGAGUGGAGGCAACAGUACGAGGACGCAGGUGGCGCGGGCAUCGGUCAGCUGCCUUAAGUUGUUGCUGUUUUUGGUUUUGUGUUUUGCGAGAUACCCACCGGGUCUGCUAUGCCCCUGGAUUGUUUGGGUCGUUUUUUCAGCGUGCUUGUCCUUUGAGAGGUUGGGAAUUGAACCACAACGAUAUCUAGUACAUGUAUCUAUCGUAUCUAUUGUGGCACUGUGGUACAUAAGAUGCGAAAUUGGUUGGACAAAUUAUUAUCUUCUAUAUGUCCUAAGCAAUAUUCGACAUGCCUAUAUAUAUGGCCAGCAUUUAGCAGUAGCUUAUAAGCCUCAUUAAU